CUUUCUUCAGAAGGUAAUUGGAGAAAUGAAAUCUGUGCUCUCAGGAGCAAAUAAUCCCCACUACAGACCAUGAUAUAUGAUACUAAUGAAGGGCUACAACCACUCAAAGAACUGGAGUGAGCCAGGAGUCUAUACUCAGGAGGAAAAUAAUCAUUAAAAAAAUAGUUCUGAUGGUUAUCAUCUCCAAAAGCCCCCAUACAUCAGCUUUUCUGCCAUGAAGAUUUUACUUGAAUUUCGAGUGUUGCGGUCCCCGUGGAGCAUCCAGACACUCAGCAGAUUAUUCCACCAGUCUCAUAAGACUUUUACGCCUUUAAAUUUCUCAGAUUAUGAAGCUAUCAGUCGUGGUGAACAGGAAGUACCCGAGCACUUCAACUUUGCAAGUGAUGUACUGGACAAGUGGUCUCAAAUAGAAAAGGAACGAAAGGGACCAUCAAAUCCAGCUUUGUGGUGGAUAAAUGGAAAAGGAGAUGAAAUUAAAUGGAGCUUUGAAGAGCUGAGCUUCCUUUCCCAAAAAGCAGCCGGUGUGCUCUCUGGGCCAUGUAAUCUUCAAAAAGGAGACCGUGUUUUAGUGAUUCUACCCCGAAUCCCAGAGUGGUGGCUGCUGCAAGUGGCUUGUAUGCGAACAGGUGUUAUCAUCAUCCCAGGAACAACACAACUGACAGCACAAGACAUUUGCUAUAGAUUACAGGCUUCCAAGGCUAAGUGCGUUAUCACAACUGAUGUGCUUGCUCCUGUGGUGGACUCAGUUGCAUCUAAGUGCCAGUAUCUGAAAACAAAGUUAAUGGUAUCUGAAAGCAGCAGAGCCCAGUGGCUGAACUUCAGUGACUUGCUCAAGGCUUCCCCUGCUGUCCAUAACUGCGUGAAGACAAAAAGCCAGGAUCCAAUGGCAAUCUAUUUUACCAGUGGUGCCACAGGCUCUCCAAAAAUGGUUGAACAUUCCUAUGGAAGCUUUGGUCUGGGUUUUUUUCUCUGUGGAAGAUACUGGAUGAGCUUGACUCCCUCAGACAUCAUGUGGAACGUGUCAGACACUGCCUGGGUAAAGGCAGCCAUUGGAAGCGUUUUUGGUCCAUGGUUCCAGGGCACGUGUGUUUUUGUACAUGCCAUGCCACAGUUUGAUCCAAGAGCAGUCUUAGAUACUUUGUGCAGAUAUCCAGUGACCACUUUGUGCAGCGCGCCAACGGCCUACCGCAUGCUGGUACAGCACGACCUCGCCAGGUAUUCAUUCAAGACACUGAAGCACUGUUUGUCUGGAGGGGAACCACUCAACCCAGAAGUGAUGACACAGUGGAAAAAACAAACCGGCCUGACUAUCUAUGAAGGCUAUGGCCAAACGGAACUUGGAAUGAUAUGUGCAAACACGAAAGGGAUGAAAAUUAAGCCAGGUUCCUUGGGAAAGGCAGCUCCCCCCUAUGAUGUUCAGAUUAUAGAUGAAAAUGGCAGUGUUCUGCCUCCUGGGAAAGAAGGAGACAUUGCUAUCAAAAUGGAUGCCAAGCGCCCAUUUACUUUUUUCACUAGAUAUGUGGAUGAUCCAGUGAAAACUGCUGCCGUAAUCCGGGGGAACUUCUAUAUCACUGGAGACAGAGGGACCAUGGAUGAGGAUGGAUACAUAUGGUUUAUGGGGAGAUCUGAUGAUGUCAUCAUCUCCUCUGGGUAUCGUAUUGGGCCAUUUGAAAUAGAGAGUGCCCUGAUACAGCACCCAGCCGUCGCCGAGUCAGCUGUUGUCAGCAGCCCGGACCCCGUCAGAGGAGAGGUUGUAAAAGCUUUUGUGGUCUUGUCACCUUCCUCUGAGUCACAGGAUCUGAAGAAACUGGCCUGUGAUUUGCAAGAUCACGUCAAGAGAGUCACUGCUCCAUACAAGUACCCCAGGAAGAUUGAAUUUGUCCAGCAGCUGCCAAAAACAAUCACUGGGAAAAUCAGACGGAAUGAACUGAGGAACAAGGAGUGGGGACACAUGUAGUUUUGAUAAGUAAUCUAAAAACAAACCUAUCCUUACCCAUUUAAUUCAUGAUGGAGCUUUCCUAUUACAAUCAUAACACAGGAUGAUAUUUCACCCACGAGGCAGUGAUUAUGUAAUAAAGCACAAGGUUUAAAAACUCCAGCUGUACAUUUUUUAAACGCUUGCGUUCUCGUUUAACAAAAAUCAAACCUACUUAGCAAGGCAUAUGCAGACCCAUCUUCCAGGCACCUAAUGCUUUUCAGAAUGACAGUACAAGCAGAAGUACGUGAUUAGCAGGUGAAGGAGCGCUCUGUUCAUUCUCUGAUAUUUUAACUCAUGAGAGACUUACUAAUGAGAAAAUCAUUAUAGUAUGUAGCGAAGUUCCAGACAUGGCCAUAGAACUUGAAUGUAGGUCCUGUACACACAUGAAUGAGAAGGGAAAAAAAAAAUCCACAAACCAUCCAUGAAUCUAUCUUUGUCCUUAUUCAGUUAAGCAGACUGUCUUGAAUUGUGAUCACCUACAUCAGCCACCAAUGAACAUUCACUGAUGGCCUUUGGGUCUCAGAUGAUUCCUAUGGGUGACCUAAACAUUGCUGGGCUUAAUCAACACAAAAGGCUUUAAAAUUUAAAGAAAACACUGACAGAGGUAAGAAAGCAGAAUUUUAAUACACAGGAUGGCAAGAAAGACAGGACUGGGGAAAAAUGUUGCAUUUUCCAACUUCUAGAACAACUUUGAGAGAAGAGGAAAAUAUAAAUAAAACACUGUUGAGAGAGUUGAACACAUCCUUUUCAUUAAUCCAAAACAAAUAAUAAGAUGAAGGGGUUUUUUAUCAUUAGCAAUCCACAGGCUUUUGUGUUAGAAAUGAAAUACUAAAGCUAGAUGGUUGUACAGGAAGCAUACUCUAAAACCCUACUGGAAAGCAGUUUAUGGCUGCACUGGUUUUGGUUGUCUUUUUAAGUCAAAAAAGUUGCCAUAACAAAUGGAAAAAAGAAAAACUCACUAACAUUACUUUCAAUCUGAAGCAAAAUUAAUAGUGUAAGGCUAAAACUACCAGAAAUUAAACUUAAUUUCCCUAUCUAGUAUGGUAUAACAGAGAAUUUCUUUCAUAAGAAGUUUCCAAGCAGUAUUUAAAUUCAAUUUUGAAACUUAAGAAAAAAAUAAAAACAAAGGAAGACUUAAUAACACUCCCACCCCCAAGGAUGAAGUCUUUGGAAAGAGCAGCAAAAGGUUAUUUGCAGGAAACUGCUCAAGAGGAUUCUGUUCAGUGACAACAGCGUUUCCUAUAAACCCAGAACUGCUGUAUACACAGCUAAUGUAAACACAAAAGUAGUUUUAGCUAAAACUAUCUCCAAUGCCUGCACUGUACUUCUACUGUUCUAGAACAGUCAAAUCUAUUACUCUAAAUCGUCAUAGUAUUCAAGUAUUUUGAGCAUAACAGUUCUUCCCAUUCACUUUCAAGACUUGGCGUACCCUUGUAGGACAAUGCAUAUAUAUAUAUAUGUGUGUGUAUAAAACCCUCCAUCAUAUAGAAAACGAACAGCUUUA